CUUAUUAUACAUCAGAGAAUUCAUACAGGAAAGAAACCUUAUAUAUGUCAUGAAUGUGGAAGAGACUUCAAUCAGAGCUCCAACCUGGUUCGACAUAAGAGAAUUCAUAAUGGUGAGAAUCCCUAUGAAUGUAAAGAGUGUGGGAAGGCCUUCAAGGGGAGCUCAACCUUGUCCUGCAACCAGAGAAUUCACACUGGAGAAAAGCCAUAUGUAUGCAAUGAAUAUGGGAAGGCCUUCAAUCAAAGCUCAGAUCUCAUUAUUCAUCACAGAACUCACACUGGAGAGAAACCGUAUGAAUGUUAUGAAUGUGGACAGACUUUCAGUCAAAGCUCACACCUGGAUGCACAUCAGAGAAUUCAUACUGUAGAGAAACCCUUCAAGUGCAGCAACUGUGAAAAGACCUUUAGGCAGCGCUCCCGCCUCACUGAACACCAGAGACUCCACAGUGGGAAGAGACUCCAUGAAUGUUGCAAAUGUGGGAAAUCCUUCAGUGGAUGCACAGCCUUUCUGAAACAUCAGAGGCUACACACUGGAAAGGAACUUGAAUGUGAAAAAGCCUGUACUUCUAACUUGGAUCUUAUCCAACAACAGAGAAUGCACAGGGAAGAAAAAUCUUAUGAAUGUACUAAGUGUGGAAAAUCUUUCCAGGGAAGUUCAGAUCUAAUUCAGCAUUGGAUAACUCACACUGGAGAGAAAACCUAUGAAUGCAAUGAAUGUGGGAAAGCCUUUAGCCAGAGGUUGCACCUUAUGACACAUCAGAAAAUUCACACUGGAGAGAAACCCUAUCAGUGCAAUGAAUGUGGGAAAGCCUUCCGGCGACAUUUGCUCCUCAUCCAGCAUCACAGAAUCCACAGUGGCGAGAAACCUUAUGAAUGUAAGGAAUGCAGAAAAGCCUUCAUCUGGCGCACAGCUUUUCUCAAGCAUCAGAGACUUCAUACUGGAGAGAAACUUAAGGAAGUUGGGAAAACAUUCAGUAAGGAAAAAUUACUUAGAGAAGAGCAGAGAAUUCACCAAGAAGAGAAAGCUUAUCAGUGCAGUCAGUGUGGUAGAACUUUUUGAGGCAGCUCAGACCUCACCUGACAUCAGGUAACUCACUCAGGAGAGAAACCCUAUGAAUGUAAGGAAUGUGGGAAAACUUUCAAUCAGAGCUCAGACCUUAUGAAACAUCGCAGAAUUCAUAGUGUAGAAAAACCUUAUGUGUGCAAUAAAUGUGGGAAAUCUUUUAGGGACAGCUCAGAUCUCAUUAAACACCACCGUGUUCACACUGGCAAGAAAACGUAUGAAUGCCCUGAGUGUGAGAAGGCCUUCUGCAAGAACUCACACCUUGUUAGUCACCAAAGAAUUCACACUGGAGAGAAAGCCUUUGAAUGUAGCCACUGUGGGAAGGCCUUCAGCAGGCACACAGCUUUUCUUGAUCAUCAGAAACUUCACACUGGAAAGGAGCUUGGGGAACACAAGAGUGUCCUUAAAUAUGACUUACUCUAAUAGGAAACAGAAACCUAAUGAAUGUAGAAAAAGCUUGAUGGAGACCACGUCUUAUUGCACAGUAAAGGGUUUUUAUUGCUGAAAACCAUUUGAAAGUAGGAAAACAUUCGAAGAGCCCUAAUGGAUGGAAAACAUGUAAGAGUAAUGUGGGCGAGCUCUUGGACAUAAUCACCUUUUCUCUGCUUCAGAUCUAAAACUGGCAUACAAUCCAGAGGAUACAAUUACUUGAAAAUGUUUCAGGGGACUUCCACUGUUGUUAACAUCAUUAGAAAUCACUUUGCCAACAACCCCCGAACUAACUUCUUCAUGGAAGGAGCCAUUUCAAUCUUGACUACCUAAUCUAGUGACAAGUAUAAAUCUACUUUAAGUACUUUAGAGUGAUUAAAUCUCUCUGGGAUGAGUUCUUCCUGUUAGAUAUAUAUUUUAUACAUAUUCCCCUUUUAUCUCCUUAUAAAAUAUGCUUAUGCAUAUGUGAUAAUACUAAUUAGAAUGAACCAUUAAUUGAGAGGAAACAAAAACUAAUAGAAAUGACUUGACAACAGGAAAGCUGAAGGCCAGGAUACAAGAGCCAAGUGAAGUGUUCCCCAGGGAAAGAAUGAUAAUGACUAGUAGUAUCAGGAAAUGAAAGAGCAAAGGGAAGGACAGUGGGUAGGACUAGACUGAGUGCCAGGGCAGGGCAUUUAGGUGACCUGAGUUGGUAGGAAUUAAAGCAACAACUUUGAAGGGUGAAAUGAUUAGAGGAGAGUGGUUUUGUCUUGAACCAGAGCUUUGUAAUUAUUUGAGAAUUGGAGACUCUAAGCAGAACUCUGAAAGAGAUCAGUCAUCUUUAAUCUGAAAACUGAUAUUGGUAAUUAGGUCCUGCCUAUCUGUGCAGUCAAGCACAAUUGUCAAAUAUUUCUUGUACCAUGAACUACUGGUAAAUUGUAUAUGAACUUACCUGUAUCAGCAGACAAGAAAGUUACCGAAUGGGACAGUUACCUUACAUAGGUGAGAAUUUCAACCUAUAUCUUUCCUCAGUGGGAAUAGCUUGUGAGAUGCACAGAGGGGAUCAGUGGUUCUCAACCAGGGUGAUUUUUGCUUCCCAGAGGGCAUUAGGCAAUGUCCCAGAGACAUUUUGGUUGUCACAUCUGGGAAGGAAAUACUGGCAUCUAAAAAGCAGUAAUGUUGUUAAAUAUGUUACAAUACACAGCUCGCUCUACCUCCAAAAAAGAAUUAUCUGACCCUAAGUGUCAACAGCGCCCUGGUUGAGAAGCCCUGCCCUUGGAUAUUUAGAACACCAGUCACCAGGGGCCAUUUAAGGAAGCAUUUCAGUGUGACAUGGGCAGUGGCAGUGCAUCCCAAAUGGGAAACCAGAGUCUGAUAGAAAACUAGCUUGAUGAACUAUUUCAGGAGAAGCAGUGUGGUGUAAUGGAGGGGACGCAGAUGUGGGUUUGAAUCCCAGUAGGACAUGUUGGCCUCAGGACCUGGAACAAAUUAUGUAACCCUUCUGAUCCUUAUUUUCCUCACUAAUAAAAUGGUGUUAAAAUAAUCUA